AUUGAGUUGAUGACGAGUGCUAAGCUUUUGAGCAUAUAUAUUUCGCCCCCACAGCUUUCUCUUUCCGUCCAUCAUCACUCAUCAAUGUGACCCUUUCUCUGGCCCCAAUACAACUGCUCUUAUCUUCUUUCUUAAUCUCUGGACAUUUCUUCGCCCGCCACCAAUUUCCUUCUCUCUCUCUCUCUAUAAACAAACAACAAUCUUGAUUUUCAAUACAAAAUUAGCUAAAUUUAACAUCCAUGAAUCUACAAUGCGUACCUAGCUGGGGUGUUCAUCAAGAAAACCCAUCUUCUCCAAAACGCAUUGAUAACACCAAUUCAAUUGCUUUUCCUGCCUUAGAUGUCUCCAUGUUCGACGAUGGUUACGAGGUCACAGAGCUUACAUGGGAGAACGGCCAACUAGCCCUUCACGGACUAUGUCCAUCUCGUGUUCCUCCCCCGGGGAAGUUGUUGUUGCCGACAUAUCCUCCGACCAACACCUGGGUCGACAAGCCAAGAGCCGGCGGAACAUUAGAGUCCAUCGUUAACCAAGCUGCCGUCCCUUUCACAAAUUACCCCGCCCACGUCGGCGUCGGUGGCGGCGGUGGUGUGGAGGAACUCAUGUCGUGGUACGAGCACAACCCAGCUGCGGAGGUGGAGCCGGCCAAGGUUAGUGUACCGUUGACCGCUACCUUGACCAUGGACGCACUCGUUCCUUGCUCUGCCGUGCAGGGAUUGGUUGACUCAGGGAUGGUUCAAGGAGGGACAGGAAUGGUGGGUUCGUGUAGUGGUAAGGUUGCCGGCAGAGAAAGCGGCGGCAAGAAUAGGUUUUCGGCGUCGGCUCUUGAAUGGAAUAAUCUUGAUAAUAGUGCUAGUGAGAGUGCAACCAUUUGUAGAGAUAAUAACAACAGGUAUGUUAAAGUUGACACGUGUGAGAAGGAUAUGACGAUGGGUGGCGGUUUCACUUCGAAUUCCACGGGUUCACCGGAGAACACAAGCUCCGGCAAGACAACACCCGAUGAACAUGAAUCAGUUUCUCAUAAUAGACCAAAGAAAAUUAGAGAAGGUAAUUCAUCGGAGAAGGAAAAAAAGCUGAAAGUAAGUGGAAGAUCAUCUGUGACCACUAAACGGAGUAGAGCCGCCGCCAUUCAUAACCAAUCCGAACGAAAAAGAAGGGAUAAGAUCAACCAAAAGAUGAUGACAUUACAGAAGAUGGUCCCAAAUUCCAGCAAGACGGAUAAAGCUUCAAUACUAGAUGAAGUAAUCGAAUACCUAAAGCAAUUACAAGCUCAAAUCAAUAUGAUGAAUAGAAUGAACAUGCAGCCGACAUCAACCAUGAAUAUGAUGAUGCCCUUAGCUUUGCAGCAACAAUUACAAAUGUCUAUGAUGAAUCCUAAUACCAAUAUGGGAAUGGGAAUGGCCGCCGCCGCCGCCGCCGGCAUGGGAAUGGGUAUGCCCGGCGCUGGCAUGGGGAUAGGUAUGCCCGGCGCCGGCAUGGGCAUGAACUCUAUUAUUGGCGCUCGUCCUAAUAUUCCAGCCAUGCCAAAUACUCAUGUUCUUAAUCCUAGUUCUUUCUUACCCCUUGGUGCCGCCGCCGCCGCCCCAGGUGGUAGUGUUGCCGUUCGGUUACCGACAACAAACACGGUGGCUCUAAUGCCGGAUCCGAUGUCUAUGUAUCUUGCAUGCCAAUCACAACCAACAAUGGAUGCUUAUAGCAAGAUGGCUGCUUUGUACCAGCAAAUGCAACAAACUCCUAAUGGAUCUUGAGCAGCAAAUUAUGGAUGUCUUGGAGAAGAAAACACUUUUUUUUUUUGUUUACUAUUAAUAUUAAUUAGGCAUCAUCAUAUGUUCUUCAAUUCAUUUAUCAGUUUUAUUAGCAUGUUAUAUAUUAAAUUUUGAAAAAUGUAAAAUCUUGUUCUAAGAGAAUAAAUAUUUUAUGUUGAAAUGAUA